UGGCAAAUGCAGAAACUGGCCCAGAAAGGGAGCCCCGCGCGGACUCAUUCCAUGAUGUCCCUGUCGGUGCGGCCGCAGCGCCGCCUGCUCAGCGCCCGGGUCAGUAGGAGCCAGUCCUUCGCAGGCGUCCUCGGCAGCCAGGAGCGGGGGCCCAGGAGCUUCCCAGCCUUCAGUCCCCCGGGGCCCCCACGGAAGCCCCCAGCACUCUCCCGAGUGUCGAAGAUGUUUUCAGUGGCACACCCGGCCCCCAAGGUCCCACAGCCUGAGCGGCUGGACCUGGUGUACACGGCGCUCAAGCGAGGCCUGACGGCCUAUUUGGAAGUGCACCAGCAGGAGCAGGAGAAACUCCAAAGACAGAUAAGGGAGUCCAAGAGGAAUUCCCGCCUGGGCUUCCUGUAUGACUUAGACAAGCAAGUCAAGUCCAUUGAACGCUUCCUACGACGGCUGGAGUUCCACGCCAGCAAGAUCGACGAGCUGUAUGAGGCAUACUGUGUCCAGCGGCGUCUCCGGGAUGGCGCCUACAACAUGGUCCGUGCCUACAGCACCGGCUCCCCAGGGAGCCGUGAGGCCCGGGACAGCCUGGCCGAGGCUACUCGGGGGCAUCGGGAGUACACAGAGAGCAUGUGCCUGCUGGAGAGCGAGCUGGAAGCACAGCUGGGCGAGUUCCAUCUCCGGAUGAAAGGGCUGGCCGGCUUCGCCAGGCUAUGUGUGGGCGAUCAGUAUGAGAUCUACAUGAAAUAUGGGCGUCAGCGCUGGAAACUACGGGGCCGCAUAGAGGGUAGUGGAAAGCAGGUGUGGGACAGUGAGGAAACCGUCUUUCUUCCUCUGCUCACGGAGUUCCUGUCUAUCAAGGUGACAGAACUGAAGGGCCUGGCCAACCAUGUGGUUGUAGGCAGCGUCUCCUGUGAGACCAAGGAUCUGUUCGCCGCCCUGCCCCAGGUUGUAGCUGUGGACAUUAAUGACCUCGGCACCAUCAAGCUCAGCCUGGAAGUCACAUGGAGUCCCUUCGACAAGGAUGACCAGCCCUCAGCCGCUUCUACUGUCAACAAGGCCUCCACAGUCACCAAGCGCUUCUCCACCUACAGCCAGAGCCCACCAGACACACCCUCACUUCGGGAACAGGCCUUCUAUAAUAUGCUGAGGCGGCAGGAGGAGCUGGAGAAUGGGACAGCAUGGUCCCUGUCAUCCGAAUCUUCCGAUGACUCCUCUAGCCCACAGCUCUCAGGCACUGCGCGCCACUCCUCAGCCCCCAGGCCCCUGGUGCAGCAGCCUGAGCCUCUGCCCAUCCAGGUUGCCUUCCCUAGGGCUGAGACCUCCACUUCUGGCACCGUGGAUGAGGAGGGGGCCAUGGCCCCAGCCCUGGCCAAUGGGCAUGCCCCCUACAGCCGGACUCUGAGCCAUAUCAGUGAGGCCAGUGUGGAUGCUGCCCUGGCUGAGGCUUCAGUGGAGGCUUCAGGCCUAGAAAGUCUAGUCCAGGGACCCAGCCCACCUGCACAUCCAGAUCCCACACAUGGGGAGCACGCUAGUCCUGUCCCUUCUGCCCUGGACCCUGGCCAUUCUGCCAUAAGCCCCACUCUUAGUACAACAGGCCCCGCCCACACAUCUACAGACCCUGCUCCCUCUGCACAUCUAGACUCAGUUAACAAGACCAUAAAUUCUAGCUCUCCUGAAUUGCCAGACCCCACCCACACCACUACAAGCACCACCUCUAGUACUGUAAGCCCUACCCAUAGUGCUCCAAGCCUUACUCACACUACCACGGGUUCUACCCACAAGACUGUGGUCUCUACCAUCUCUAUUACAGGCCCUACCCCCAGUACCACAGACCCAGCCCAGACUACCACUAGCCCCACCCAUACUACUGCAAGCCCUACCCACACCACCAUAAGCCCCACCCACACUGCUACAAGCCCUACCCAUACUAUAAUAAGCCCCGGCCAUACCAUAAUAAGCCCUGCCCACACUACUGCAAGCUCUACCCACACCACCACAAGCAGUACCCACACUACUGCAACCCCUACUCACACAGCCAGGAUUUCAACUCACACUGCUACACCCAAUGCUAAGGACCCAGUCCAGAUCACCAGCAGUCCCACCCAUUCUGUCACAAGUCCCACGCUUAUAACUGUAAGCCCUUCCACUUUUCUAGACCUUGCCACGCUCUCCAACCCCUCUGCAAACACAGACCCGACCCUCCCAGGCAUUGACCCCCUGUCCUAUAGCUACCCAGCCUCCACUUCCUGCACUCAGGCAGACCCCAUAGCCCUCAGCACCUCCCACCCAAGUCCUACCUGUUCCAGUUGGGAACCCCUCACAAGCCCUUCCCCAAAACUCCCAGAAGCCAUCCGUCAGAGCCCAAGUCUCCCUCCCUCACCCCUAGCCCCUGUGCCCCAGCAUUCAGACCCCAGAGUGGCCAGGGCUGCCCAGGCCCCAGUUCCAGGGGCAGCUGGAGGUGCUGAGGACAGGAAACUGGAAGAGGCACUGGGGGCCCUAAUGGCUGCCCUGGAUGACUAUCGUGGCCAGUUUCCUGAGCUGCAGGGCCUGGAGCAGGAGGUGACCCGGCUGGAGAGUCUGCUUAUGCAGAGACAAGGCCUGACUCGCAGCCGGGCCUCCAGUCUUAGCAUCACUGUGGAGCAUGCCCUGGAGAGCUUCAGCUUCCUCAAUGAAGAUGAAGACAAUGACAGUCCUGGGGACAGGCCCCCAAACAGCCCGGAGCCUGGGGCUGAGGACAGCCUCGACUCACCUAGUGCCCGACCCCUCAGCACAGAGUGUCCAGCUCUGGACACUGCCUUGGUCCAGCAUCUGUACCACUGCAGCCGCCUCCUGCUGAAACUGGGCACAUUUGGGCCCCUGCACUGCCAGGAGGCAUGGGCCCUGGAGCGGCUACUACGGGAGGCCCGAGUGCUCGAAGCAGUAUGUGAGCUUAGCAGGCGAUGGGAAAUCCCUGCCACCUCUGCCCAGGAAGUGGUGCAGUUCUCGGCCUCCCGGCCCGGCUUCCUGACCUUCUGGGACCAAUGUACAGAGGGACUCAGCCCCUUCAUCUGCCCUGUGGAGCGGGUGCUCCUCACCUUCUGCGAUCAGUACGGCGCCCGUCUCUCCCUGCGCCAGCCAGGCUUAGCCGAGGCUGUGUGUGUCAAGUUCCUGGAGGAUGCCCUGGGGCAGAAGCUGCCCCGGAGGCCCCAGUCAGGCCCUGGAGAGCAGCUCACCAUCUUCCAGUUCUGGAGUUACUUCGAAGCCUUGGACAGCUCCUCCAUGGAGGCCUAUGUGACCGAGACUGCCGAGGAGGUGUUACUGGUGCGGAAUCUGAACUCAGAUGACCAGGCUGUGGUGCUGAAAGCCCUGAGGUUGGCACCUGAGGGGCGACUUCGAAGGGAUGGACUCCGGGCCCUCAGCUCCCUGCUUGUCCAUGGCAACAACAAGGUCAUGGCUGCUGUCAGCACUCAGCUCCGGAGCCUGUCACUGGGCCCUGCCUUCCGGGAAAGGGCUCUACUCUGCUUCCUGGACCAGCUCGAGGAUGAGGAUGUGCAGACGAGAGUGGCUGGCUGCUUGGCCCUGGGCUGCAUCAAGGCUCCUGAAGGCAUUGAGCCCCUGGUGUACCUGUGCCAAACGGACACAGAAGCCGUGAGGGAAGCAGCUCGGCAGAGCCUGCAGCAAUGCGGAGAAGAGGGACAGUCUGCCCAUCGACGGCUGGAGGAGUCACUGGAUGCCCUGCCCCGCAUCUUCGGGCCCGGCAGCAUGGCCAGCACGGCAUUUUAAACUCCCCACCCACCGGCCCCCAGUGCCCCUUCCCCCGACUUUCAGGGCUUACCAGGCACUGGCAGGGAGGGUGAGGGCUGGCUCCAGACACUCCUCCCUCACAGAUUCCUAUCAAUGAAAAUCUAAUAUAUUCUCCUUUUGUCCUCGGGGUGGGUAGAGUCAGUGCCACAGUCAAGUGCCUCCCAGCCUCGGCUCAGCACACUUGCCAUAUAUCGGUGUCCCGGGCCUGGCCGUCCUGCCUCUGCCCUGCCAUGUCCCUUGGUUUUGUAUUUUAUUUACAGAGUUUUACAGAAAAUAAAAAAGCAAAAUGCCUUUCCUA